AUGGCAAUCAAAAUGACCGAGUUCUCACAGGCUUCACGGCUCAAGAACGAGUCUGAGUUCUUAAACAGUCUCAAAGAUAUCCCACACAUUGUGUCCUACUACGGAAACGUGAUCACACGUGACAAGAAAAGCAAUAAGAUGUGGUACAACACGAUUCUCGAGUACUAUCCGGGUCAAUGCCUCAUAUACGCUUUGAGUGUCUUGAUUGGUCUCAAACAUCUCCAUGAAAAGAAGAUAAUCCAUUGCAACAUCAAACCAAAGAACAUCUUACUCGUGGCCGAGAAUACUGGAGAGCGUCAUGGGUUUGUGGCUAAGAUCUCUGGUUUGGGGAAAGCCAUGGAGAAAGGGUCGAGUGAGUACGGUGAUGGAUGGGGUCACGUGAGAGGCACAACACGGUUCAUGUCUCCGGAACUUAUAGGGGACAAGAUUUUGGACUUUGGGGCUGAUGUUUGGGCCUUUUGCUGUACGGUUCAUGAGAUGUUGACAAGGGAGCGUGUUUGGCCAGAGCAUGGUGAGAUGUGUUGGCAAGAGUUGAUUACUCUCAUUGGUGAAAGCGAUUUGGUUCCAUAUGUUCCUGAUACUUUCUCUGAAGAAGAAAAGAACUUUCUAUCAAAAUGUUUUAAGAAAGAUCCUGCCCGAAGGUGGACCGUUGACAGCUUGAUGAAUCAUCCUUUUAGGUGGAAUAACAAAUACUUUGAAGAGUAG